CACUAGCCUGCCUGCCUGCCUGCCUGCCUGUGGGUGUGGCGGUGGGCCUCCUCCUCCUCUCCUCUCGUCUCGUCUUCGUCCCGACCGGGCGUCCGAGCCAGCGCGCGCGCGAGAGACACAGACAGAGGAGAGAGAGAGAGAGAAGGGGGGAAAAAUAACUGCGGCUCGAGACCCCAGAAUAGGAGGACCACUUCCCUCCCCCUCCGGCAACCACGCGCCUCCCUCCCACCGCUCGUCCGCCCUUCGCCCGCACUGCACCACGCCGGCGCCGGCGCCGGAGCUGCGCGCGGCCGCGACCCGGAGGAGCGUCCGCCUCCCGCCGCGCCAGAUCUGGCUCCGCCCACGGCCCCCAUGCCCCUCCUUCCCCAGAUCCGCCUGACCUAGCCACGUCCGCCCGUCCGCUCCCCGCCCUCGCUCCCCCACGCCAUGGACGACGUGUCCAAGUACUCGCACAGCCCGGCGCACCUUGCCGUCCUGCGGCGCGACCACGCGGCGCUGCGGCGGCUGGUCGCGGCGCUCCCGCGCCUUCCGCGCGCCGGGGAGGUGGCCACCGAGGAGGAGUCCAUCGCGGGGGAGGCCGUGGCGGACGCCGUCUCCGCCGUCAUCGACCGCCGCGACGUGCCGCGGAGGGAGACCCCGCUCCACCUCGCCGUGCGCCUCCGCGACCCCGUCGCCGCCGACAUCCUCAUGUCCGCGGGCGCCGACUGGUCGCUGCAGAACGCCGACGGCUGGUCCGCGCUCCAGGAGGCCGUCUGCACACGCGAGGAGGCCAUCGCCACCAUCAUCGCGCGCCACUACCAGCCGCUCGCAUGGGCCAAGUGGUGCCGCCGCCUCCCGCGCAUCCUCGCCUCCAUCUCCCGCAUCCGUGACUUCUACAUGGAGAUCUCCUUCCACUUCGAGUCCUCCGUUAUCCCCUUCAUCGGCCGCAUCGCGCCCUCCGACACCUACCGCAUUUGGAAGCGCGGUGCCGCGCUCCGGGCCGACAUGACGCUCGCGGGCUUCGACGGCUUCCGCAUCCAGCGCUCGGACCAGACGUUCCUCUUCCUAGGAGACGGCGCCAGGCCCGAGGAUGCCGGGGGCAAGGAGUUGCACCCGGGCUCGCUCAUAGUGCUGGCGCACAAGGAUAAGGAGAUUACGGAUGCGCUGGAGGGGGCGGGCGUGCAGCCCACAGAGUCAGAGGUGGCACAUGAGGUGGCCUUGAUGUCCAAGACCAACAUGUACCGCCCAGGGAUCGACGUCACGCAGGCGGAGCUUGUCCCACACUUGAAUUGGCGCCGCCAAGAGAGGACAGAGUCUGUCGGGCACUGGAAAGCCAAGGUGUAUGACAUGCAGAAUGUCCUCGUCACCGUGAAGUCUAGGCGCGUGCCUGGGGCGAUGACGGAUGAGGAGCUGUUUGCCAUGGAUGGGGAGGAGAAGAACGGGAGGGGUGCAGAGCUUGAUGCUGAGUUAGACGAGGUGUUGACAGCUGAAGAGAGGAAGCAACUUGAUUCUGCACUUAGGAUGGGGAACAAUGAAGAGGAAGCUGAGGAGAGGGGUGACCAAGGUGAAGCUGGUGCUGAUCAUAUGGAUGCGAAUGGCGUGGCCAAAGAUAAGAAGGGAUGGUUCGGUUGGGGCGGCAAGAAAGGUGCCAAGGGCGAUGACAAGCCACCGAAGGUGGGGAGUAAGGAUGAAACAAGUGACCCAGGGAAGCAAAAGGAGAAGGGCAGCGGGAAGAAGAAGAAGGGUGGUUCAUCUGCUGAGUCUCUAAAACAUGAAAGCGAGUACAAGAAGGGUUUAAGACCAGUGUUGUGGCUGACACCGGAUUUCCCUCUGAAGACAGAUGAACUCAUCCCUCUGCUUGAUGUCCUAGCAAACAAAGUGAAGGCUGUCAGGAGGCUUAGGGAACUCUUGACGACCAAACUUCCUACAGGCACAUUUCCAGUCAAGAUUGCCAUCCCAAUUGUUCCAACGAUACGAGUCAUCGUGACAUUCACAAAGUUUGAAGAACUACAGCCUCUAGACGAGUUUGCCACCCCACCUUCAAGCCCAACACAAUUUCAGGACGCGAAAGCCAAAGAAUCAGAAGGAUCAGGCUCAUGGUAUUCAUGGGUAAAGGGUGGCCGAGGUACGCAGUCCAGUGACAGUGGUGAUAGCCGGAAUUGGAAAGAUGAGAUUGAUCCGUUCCACAUACCAUCGGACUACACCUGGGUUGAUGCCACUGAGAAGAAGCGGAGGAUGAAGGCAAAGAAAGCCAAGAGCAGGCGGGGCACAGCCCGAAAACAGUCCUCAAAGAACACUUCGGAAGGAGGCCACCAUCCCAUGAUGGAUGGCUUCGAGGAGUAAACCACGUUUUUUCACCAGCAUAGUAAGUUGUCUUUGCAUUCUUAAGAUGUUAGUUGUUGAUGGCAGCUGCACGCCCGAGGCAGAUUGAUGUUGUGCCUGGAGCACCCCCGUGGCGUGGCAAUGGAUCGGAGUUGAAUCUCCUUGAGAACGUACAGAUGGCUUAUACCCCACUAAUCUGUAAUUCAGUCAGCGCUAUUUUUGUCCCCCUCCGUUUUUCAUCUUGCUGGAUGUAUGUUUGACAGAUGAUGAUACGGCCCUGUUGUUGUUGAAAAAAUAUGUUCGAGGGGACUGUAGUGUUCCUCUCCUGUUGUAUGGAAGAUUACCAAUAUGCAGCGAUUUUCUCGCAAAGAGGAAGCUCAAUGCACAUGCUUGUUUGUCCACAA